AUGUCCUCGGACCAGCGGGGGACGCGAAGAAGAAGUGCGCGUCUUGCUUUCGAGGACGAGCAGCCCGAGCCAGCAGGGAAGAGGACGAAAACAGAUGCAAAUGGGACAAGUGGGAAGGGCACAUCUCGAGCAAAUGGCGCGACUACACAACCGAAGCGGACGAGGGCUGCAUACGAUGAAGAGGAUGAUGGCUUCCAGUUUACUCGAGGACGGACGACAAAAUCACGCGCUGCGCCAGCACAUAGACCUGAACCGAUUGCGGAAGAGCCAAAUUCAAAACCCGCCGGGGUGCCAUCAGCAAAACGCAAAAAGACCCCUGUAGCUGCGGCAGACCUACAACCUGCUCCGCGCAAAGAGCCAGCACGGCGGUCCUCACGAUUGUCCGGUGAAACCCUUCAAACUGUGCCGCCCAGGGCAGACCCAGAUCUAGAUCGACAGACGAAACGACCGAAGCAAAUACUCAGCAAGCAGCCUAUAUCAAAAGUCCCACAGACCUUCCUGGAUGCCAACGAUGAACGGGUAGAAUUUGUUGGUGCGAACGAGCCGGCACUCAAAGUAGCAAAGAAACGCUCACCGACAAAAAUCGCGUUACCGUCCACCGACACUCCCAUGAACAAGCGCAAUAAGGAAAUGCGGAAAGAAGGUGCCACGAGCAAUCGGAGGAGCAGCUCAGGCCUAAGGGGUCGACGUGCCAGUGCGCUGAUGGAGAGCGGGCAGUCCUCUGUUCCACACGAGCAAGUGCCCACAGACGACUAUUACAAGCAUAUCGACAUGGAUCUCAUAGAGCCCAAACGUAUGGCCCAGCUCUUGACAUGGUGUGCGUCAAAAGCGUUACUAGAGAAGCCGAGCGGAGCUGCAAAAGACCACAAUGCGAUUAUGGCUGCGCGGCAGAUUCAAAAAGAGCUACUAGACGACUUUGCUUCGAAACCAGCAAUGUCAAACUGGUUCAGCAGGCCGGACGACUCCCCUUCGACAAGCCUAGUGCGUAAGCCUAAUCCGAGGAACGUAGAGAACGCGGCACGACUGAAAGAUCUUGAAGCUGAGAUUGACAGACUUGAAGAACAAGAACGCGCGUGGAAGUCACUGACGCAGGCUUCUACCUCCUUGCCAGAACCUCCUACUCGUGAACGCCAGAAAGCCUCCGCAAACGUCCCUGAUAACAUCAACCCGAACGUGCUCGAUGAUCCCGUACAAUCCUCCAUCCUCGCCUCGCUAACUGGUGUACCGGUCGACUUACCUCCCGAACUUGCCCCGGUCUCAUUCGCACCAGACUCGACACCGACAGAUGUAUCUGCUCGACUCACGACUCUUUCACAAUCCUUAGAGCCUACCAUCGACGUGUUCGCGGAUGGUGUGCACAAGCUAUCGCAAUAUCGACAGACGGCCGAACGGGCGGCAGAGAAGAUCUUGAAUGGCACAGCUGAACGACUGGAGAAGAGGGAGCAAGAUGUAAAAGAGAAGGUCGGCACAAGCAAUAUUGGAACGGACGACGUUCUGCGGGCCCUGGGCGGCAUGUUGAACCGCCGGUGA